AUGAGCUCAAACCAACCCCAGCUCUCCUCGGCAAACCCUUUAUCCUUCCAGAAGUCCUCCUCCCCCGAUCUGCUCCAAUCCUCGCCCUCGCUCACGGCUGCCAGACCGGUCGGCGGGAUUGGCGAAUCUCCAUUCCGCCCAAAACAUGGCUCGGCCGGACAUCUCCUCUCGACCACCCUCAAUCACUCGCGUCUGUUCAAACAACUACCCUCCCGUCAGCGCUCGCUAACCCAGCAUGGAACCCACCCUAGCCCGUCAACCUUCCAAAGAAUCCACACAAGGAACCUGUCUACCCACUCCUCCUCAAACACCUCAACCUUCCAAAGAACCCACAGAAAGAACCUGUCUGACUGCCCAUCCUCCGAAUCCAAUCAUCCCUUCUCCUCUAUCGGCCGGCCCUCGACGCCUACACUCAAUCAACUCGAGAUCCCCUCACUCAUCGCCCCCACCCGCACCCGGCGCGACAACCAGGAACCGCGGUCGAUCGUCACCAGCUUGGGCUUGGCGCCAAUCUCACAGUCCACAAACCAUCCAUUCGGCUUCCCGCUACAUCAUCCUUCCAAAGACAGCUCGACCAAGCUAAGCUCAUUGCAUGGCUCGUCUAACCACACCGGAGCAACAUCCGAUCUACCGCGCUCCCUCUCUCAAGGCUCAUCGAUCCCUUCGCUCUUGAAUCCCUUACGAGUCAAGCCCAUUGUGAAUGACCAACCCCAGAUCGAUCCGCAAACACUACCAGAGCAGACCAACACCACACAGCUCACAACAGCUUCUGAUCGGGUACCACACGAAACGCCUGCAGGUACAUCAGGUCCUCAGCCCCUCAUCGCGAAUCAUCCGUUUCAGACCCGGGCAACUUGUCACCCCGGCUCCAACCGACUAGCCGACCAGGACGCGUACCAUCCGCAGCCUCAGCAGUCACAUCCCCGCCAGAUCGCCCCCGUCAAUCCUCCGCCGUCGCCCAAACAGGAUGUGACUGCAAGCAGAGCUCGAGAAACGCUCGAGCCAGGGGUUUCCUUCGAGCCAUCUGGGAAGUCGUUUUGUAAAUAUGCCCUGCCGAAGCCCCGCCUGGAAGUGACCCUAGCAACACCUAACGUCACUCAACAAUCUGUGGGCGACCGCAAGCGUGGUGAAAAUCAUACGAAACCAGCCACCGAGACCUGUCCCGCUGUUUUUUUCCCAUACACGACGCCCCCGACCGCGUCUGAUAUGCAGACAGAAGAACUCAAAGAACGGUAUUGGAAUUCAAAGACAGAAAAUAUCAGCGCCCAUGAGGUUUGGGCCGAGAUUUACAUAUCCAGGCUCGAACGCAAACUUUGGAAGGCACAAGCUGAGGCAGACUUCUCAGUAGAUUGUCUCGCGUUGUGUUUACCUACAGGUGCCAAGGGGAGUAGUACUCUCAAACCUCAGAACGGUCGUCGCCGUGUCGCCUCGGCGUCCGAUGCCGAGCAGGGCCGCACCGAAGCUCCAUCGUCACGCCCUAAAAAAAACAACCAGACCAAGGCAGGAUCAAACAAGCGCGGCAGGUUUGAUUUCACAAACUUUCAAAAAGCUGGCUCGACAAAUGAGAAGGUGCUGAGCAAGCUGAUCAGCUGUCAGCCGAGUAGUCCCCUAGAGAUCAGUGAUGGCCCUCUGCAACGCCUUCCAUGUAUCAGCUCGAGCCAAUCACAAUCCACUGGCGCAAUAACUCCCUACAGACCUGAGAUUUUUUCGCCCUCACAUCACCCAUCCCAGUCAAUCCUUCGCUCCGCGGCGUCGUCCCGAGUCAUUCGGCAUCAGGCAGCGGCUGAUUUCCCGAGAAAUGGCGAUUCUCAGCGCGGCUAUCGUAUCGUUCUACCCACUGACAGUUCCCAGCAGCAAAGAACAUUCCGGCGUAGAUCUCGCUCUGUGCCCGACUUGCGCCGGAUUCAUCUCCAGCUACCAUCGCCACCCAACUCGAUGAAAGACUCAACUGGGUUUUCCGGCGAUCAUACAACCGGGUUUUCUGGAGAUCUUGCAUACAAGGAUUCUCCAGGAUUGCUUUCUCAUAUCCAUCGGCCGUGGCCCGCAGAGGAUCCCACCUCUCAAACCAGCCUUUCAAUACCUCAAACACUAAUCGAUGCCAUGUUCCCCCCCGCUUCCGACGUCGCGAAAGACACGCCCUCCUACCCCCCAGAGAAUCUAUUAUCGGUUGACUCGAGUAUCCGGCCUGUUCGCUGUGUUACUUCUCCCAAAGAGCUCCACAAGUCAAUAUGUGCCACCAUUGAAGUUCCUGAUAACACCUUCACGUCUUCCCGCCCGGAUUCCGCCGCUGCCAAUGAGCUGUCAGAACCAUUACCAAAGGGCCCCUUAUAUUCGCUUCCUCGGUUUAUCGAGCCGCGCCUUGCGACUGUCGUGGCACUGCCUCCACCACCCCGGAGGCGCAAUCCCACUCCAGUAACAUCUACAAAUAGCUCGAGUCAAAAUUCUUUUGCGGGAACCAAACGGAGUACGAACGACUCGAUGGUGGCUCAUCUAUCUCCUGCAACGCCCUCUGAAAAAACCGGCCCCGAGUUCCCAAUGCCCCCCUCCGUCAGACUGGUCCGCAGAUCGGCGUCACCCCUCACUCCCCCAGACCCAAGUGCCGAUGCGAUCAUGCCGAACUCCGCUCCCACCACUGGCCUCCUAUUUGAGCCUCCUGAGCGAAUCAGGAGCCAAAGUUUUUCGUCGGUUUAUCCGACUUCUCCCACUUGUGAAUCGCCCGUUGACAGUGCCCAUAGAUACAGUGGAUUCUUCUCACAGGUUUCUAGUCGGCCUUGCUCAUUUGGUGUGAGUGUGCCCUGGAUUGAUCGGGAAGAUCGGGAUCAGACAGCCGCUUUGACGCCCAACAGGCCACCUCUCUCAGCCAUAUAUCUGACUUCUACACCACAAAUCUCUCAAAGCCACGCCGGGGGAGAUGCUCAACCGGCCAAAACGUUCAUGGAUUCUCUGAAUGAGGCUCGCAAUUCUUCUCACUCGGGUGGAAGUGGGUCUACUCAUUCGGCCAUCGACCCUGACAAGCCUAUCAACCAAGCCGAUCUCUUUUAUCAAGUACCCGCAUCGCCACGUCGGAGUCUGAUUCAAGACUAUGAUGAUCAUAUAAUCAAAUCGAAGCAACCCUCAGAUGAACAAGCCGGGGAAAGCACAUCCCCCACAGUCGUCAAACGAUCAGGCUUAAUCGACGAAAUCCUAGCGGGAUAUGCUGGUCCGCGAAGAGCGCCGAUAGCACGAUCCAGACUGGAACCCAAUGAGCCAACCUUGGACGGUGUAGAGGAUAGAGAGGAAACAAGAUCGGCCGAAUCGGGUUCUAUCGCGUCCCACACCGAUUCCUCUCAGCAUUGGCCCCGACCGACGGUGACCCAGAGAAUCCCGCGGAUCAUUGAUGCCUUUGAAGCGCGCCAAUCGUCGCGCUCUCGGGCCGGCUCACACUCUCACUCCCACUGA